GUUAAAACUUCGAUUUUUCACGUGUUGCACAUGUUUACGCUGUAGUUUUAAUUAAAAUAACUAAAAUGGAAAGUGUAAAUGCAGAAAAACCAACGGAGCAGACUGAUAAUAGUAAUGCGAACAAUGAUGAACCAAAGCAGGUUGAAGAAAGUGUUGUAGAAGCUGUGGAAACUGAAAAGCAAAAUGCCGGCAAUGAGUUUGAGUAUUUGGAGCGCAAUGAAUUUACAUCGGAGAUAUAUAAAAUUGAAGUGAAGAAUUUGGGCUACUUCGGCAUUGGUGAAUUUAAAAAGCUGCUGAAGAAGACAUUAAAGUUUGACAUCACCAAAAUCAAGUCGCCAACACGCAAGGAAUUUGCUUUUGUUUGCUUUAGGACUGCAGAGGAUCAACAGCGUGCUGUAGAAACGCUUGAUGGCUAUAAGUGGAAGGGCAAGGUAUUGAAGGCCAUGUUGGCUAAGGCCUCCGCUGAUCCGCUGCAAAAAAGGCGCGCCGAUGAGGAGACUGGCGAUGUUCAGCCAAAGCGACAACGCACAGCCGGCGAAGCUACAUGUCCGUUAUCCGAUAUGCCUUAUGAAAAGCAGCUGGAGCAAAAGAAAGACGAGAUGGCAGCUGUGCUUAAGAAGUAUACAAAGGAGUUGCGACAUUUAAAUACUGCUGCAAUCCCUCAUCUGGAUAAGUUUGAGUUCAAAGGUGUGCUGCCCUCACCCACAAUUGAGGGCUAUCGCAAUAAGAAUGAGUUUACAGUGGGCAAGAAUGCUGAGGGCGAGAUUGUGGUUGGCUUUCGCCUCGGCAGUUACUGUCAUGGCUCAGUGGAGGUGGCAGCAGUGCAGGAGCUUCCGCAUUUGCCAGCACAGGCCAAGUGGGCGGCGCUGACCUUUCAGCAGCUGGUCAGGCAAUCCAAAUUUCAGCCUUUUAACCCUGUAGGCAAUCUCGGACACUUUCGACAGUUAAUGGUGCGCUGCUCUAGUAACACGGGAGAGGUUAUGAUAGUAGCGGGCAUAUACUCAUCCAAUCUCAGCGAGGCAGAGCAGCUGGAACUGCAGCAAGAGAUCAAAAGCUUUUACGAGCGAGAAGAGCAACAGUCAGGAGAAUUUAAAUGCAGCUCUCUCUAUUAUCAGGAUGUCAAGCAUCGCGAGGCGGGGCAACAGGUGAAUCCAGUCACACAUCUACUUGGCAAUACACACAUAACGGACAGCAUACAAGGACUGCAAUUUCGCAUUAGUCCCUUGGCCUUCUUUCAAGUCAACACAGCAGCAGCGAAUGUGCUCUAUCAGCAGGCCAUAGACAUGGUUGCACCCACCGAGGAAACCACAAUGUUGGAUAUAUGCUGUGGCACGGGCACCAUUGGCUUGGCCUUUGCCAAGCACUGCAAGCAUGUGCUGGGCGUAGAUAUUGUUGCUGAUGCCAUAAAGGAUGCACAGUUCAAUGCAGAGGCGAAUAAUAUAAAGAAUUGCAAGUUCAUUGCGGGCAAUGCUGAUGAUUUUAUCAAGAGUAUGGUGCAUGAGGCUGUCUACGCUCAAGAGCCGGGCAAGCAACUGGAUUUGGUGGCUGUGGUGGAUCCACCACGCGCUGGACUGCAUAAUCGUUCUAUAACUGCAAUACGCUCUGCUUCAGGUCUACAAAGAUUAGUCUACGUUGCCUGCAAUGCUCACAGCGCCAAGCGCAACUUUAUUGAACUUUCCCGCCCCGAGUCCAAGCAUUACAAAGGAGAACCCUUCUAUCCAAAAUGCGCCGUUGCUGUAGAUAUGUUUCCCCAUACCACGCACACCGAGCUGGUCAUCUUGUUUGAGCGUGAGGCGAGCCCAAAGCAAGCAGUUCAGCAAGCAGUUGAGCAAACAGUCGAGCCAACAGUCGAGGCUAACCAAUAGACCCCAACAACGGAGACAACGUAACGCCUUGGAUUACUUGUAUAGCGCUCUCACACUUUUGCGCGCGCUCUCUCCCUGUGCUUAUCAGAGUGUCGUAAUGCAUCAACAACAUCAUCAACAUCAUCAUCGUC